GCUCAACCCGUUUUUGUAAUCAUUACCGCCGCCGGAUAUUGGAUCUUAGCAGGAGUUACGAAACUGGAUGUUUGCUUUAUGACGCUGCACAAAAGAAGACCUCCGGGCACUACGUACUUAAGCUGGGACUUGCACGCUCCAUCUUGACCUCCAACCACAGCUGCCGUGAACUUCUCUCAAUUCCUCUCACUGACCCCAAACUCUAAUCAGUGCCCCAAUACCGACGCAAUGCCACCCUCCACCGUGCUCUUCAUCCCGGGCUCCUUCACCCUCCCCACUGCCUUCGAUCCAAUCAUCACCGCCCUCUCAACCCACAACAUCUCAGCCCGCGCCCUCCACCUCCCCAGCAUCGGACUGGCACCCAACACCGGUCGAUCCGGCCCACCGCCAUCGAUGUACAGCGACGCCUCCUUCAUUGCGGCAGAAGUACAGAAAGAAAUCGACCAGGGACGUGAUGUUACGCUUAUCGCACACUCGUACGGUGGUGUGCCUGCGACUGAGAGUUUGAAAGGGCUGGGCAAGUCAGAGCGGGAGGCGCAAGCUAAGAAGGGGGGUGUGGUAAGGUUGGGAUAUAUCAGUGCGCUGGUGCCGAGGGUGGGUGUGGCGGCGGGUGAAGUGAUGGCUGGGGUGCCCGAGGAGAGUAAUUUGACGGGGGCGCUGGGUGUGGAUGAAAACGGAUGGCUGUACCCCAACCCACCGUCCAAGUGCGCCGCACUUCUACUCUCAGACCUUCCCCAAAAAGAGGCGGAAUCUGCAAUGGAAGGACUCGCGCGCCAAUCGUCAGUAAGCUUUGGCGGCGCGCUGACGUAUCCUGGGUACAAGAAUGUUCCGGUAUCGUACCUGGUUUGUGAGGACGAUCAGGCUGUGCCGGUGGAACUCCAGAGGGAGGAGAUCGCGAUGGUGGAACAAGAGAGCGGCAAAUUGGUUGAUGUGAAGACUAUCAAGACCGGACAUUGUCCGCAUAUUACUGCACCGGAUAAGGUCGUUGAGUGGGUUCUGAGUAUCAGCAGUUAGGUCUGCAGGAAGAGAUAGACCACCUUGACGUUGUAUUAUGCAUCUCCCAUGAACGUGCCAUAUAAAAAAGUCAAACUCGUUGCGUCGGUGUCCAUAUAGAUUUUGAUGGAAAUUCAAGUACGAUCCAAGCGGAAAAUUUACUGAGCGCACGGUGCGUACUUCAAUCAAUCACCGCAUCAAU